AUGGCUUCUCUACCCCGUCAGUUGUCACUCCCACCGCUGCUGAAAUUGCCUAUGGUCUUCGACAAGAAGACCACCAUGCAGCAAAAUGUUCUCAUCUUUGAUCUUGGAGGUGGAACUUUUGAUGUCUCCCUUCUGACCAUCAAAUUCAAGGCCACCGCUGGUGACACCCAUCUUGGUGGAGAAGACUUGGACAACUUUCUUGUCAACCACUUUGUCUCUGAAUUCAAGCGCAAGAACAAGAUAACUUAG